GCAUCCCUGAAGGUGUUAAAGACCUACCUACUGGAAUAGCCCUGCCCCUGGAAUCCAAUCUGGCCUACAUGAAUGGCGUCAGUUUCACCAAAGGCUGCUAUAUUGGACAGGAGUUAACGGCUAGGACCCACCAUAUGGGUGUCAUCCGCAAACGCCUCUUGCCAGUACAGCUUGCAGUACCCGUGCCUUCUGAAAGCAUUCCUGACGGUGCGGAAAUCGUAACGGAAUCGGGAAAGUCGGCUGGGAAGUACCGGGCCGGAAGCGAUGAGCUUGGGAUAGCCUUGUUGCGACUGGCUAACAUCAAUGAACCGCUGCGCCUAAAACUCUCGGGUGACGUGACUGUGAACCUCACAGCUUCCAUCCCCGAAUGGUGGCCAAAACCUACAGAUGCGUAGAGGAAGGUUGUGUUAAACAUCAUCUGCCUCAGUGAAGGCACCUUGUGGACUUGCAGUUAAUUCGCUGUUCCCUUGCUUUUGACUGAUGAUUCAUCCAGUCAUCUUGUGUGGCUCAGUUAUAUU